AUGACACCUCCCAGGUUUGUUUUGUGUCUGGCAUAUCUGACCUUGGCAAAUAUAGUUCGGUUGAGUAAUCAGAAUUUCUCUGCAUCUCAUCAGCAAGAGAGACAUUUUGUAUCAGCUAAUGUUGGUGAGAGUGUGACUUUACAAUGUUUCUAUGAAGCCAACGAUGCAACGAGGUUCUACUGGUACAAGCAAAGUCUGGGACAGAAACCACAGCUCAUCUCUACUCAGUAUGUAUUUAAAGAAAAUGGCACUUUUCAUGGUGAAUUCAAGAAUAAUCCACGCUUCAGCCUGGAUUCAAAAACAGGGACAAACCACUUGCAUAUAACAGACUUGCAAAUCUCAGAUGCAGGUAAUUACUACUGUGCAAGACGGGUUUCGUUAAUCCUGGAAUUUGCAGAAGGUACUACAGUCAGUGUAAAAGGUUCAGUUUUAAACAUCAAAGCUUUAGUCCAUCAGUCUGCAUCUGACACCAUCCAGCCAGGAGCCUCUGUGACUCUGGACUGUACAGUACACACUGGGACCUGUGAUGGAGAACACAGUGUUUACUGGUUUAAAGACUCUGAAGAAUCUUUCCCAGGACUCAUUUACACCCAUGGAGGUUGGAAUGAUCAGUGUGAGAGAAAACCUAACAAACAAUCAUACAACUGCACCUACAACUUGCCAAUGAACGUAUCUCAUGCUGGGACCUACUACUGCGCUGUUGCCUCAUGUGGACUCAUACUGUUCGGAGAAGGAACAACUCUGAAAUUCAGGGAAGAGAUUCAAUCUCAUUUUGUGGUGUAUAUCUUGAUUGGAGCACUGGCUUUCUUUUCCACCAUCAUUGCUUUUCUGAUUUUUCUUCUCUUCAAGAUGAGUAAAAGAAAAAGCUUCCAGUCAGAGCCUCAAGCAAACGUUUCUGCUCCCUCUGCAGAGCAUGUCCAUGAUGCAAACAACCUCCACUAUGCUUCCAUAAAUGUUAACAAACCCAGCAGGUCAAAGACACAGAGGAACAGCAAGAGUGAAUGUGUUUACUCCAGCGUGAAGCAGUAG